AACUUUUACAAAAAGCUCACCCAAACUUUGCUGGUACACAAUACACAAAGCACCAAAUAGAUUUCAAACAAAGUCUGAGAAAACAAUUUCGCAGAAAAUGAGACCCAACAUCGUUACCGAGGCAGGAUUGCAAACUAGGUUGGGUCAAUGGUGGGAUGGCAUUCCAUUACUUACUUCUGCCGUGGUGGUUGUUUGUGGGAUCAUAUACUUGGUCUGUCUCUUGGUUGGAUAUGACUCCUUUUUUGAAAUAUGCUUCUUGCCCUCCGCAAUUCUAUCACAUUUCCAAGUUUACAGGAUUUAUACAUCCAUCUUUUUUCAUGGUUCACUGCUUCAUGUUCUGUUCAACAUGCUGGCAUUGGUUCCUUUGGGUUCUGAACUGGAGAGAAUUAUGGGAUCUGUCCGUUUGUUGUACAUGAUAAUUCUAUUGGCUACAACCAAUGCUAUUUUUCAUCUUCUCAUUGCACUAUUGGUGGGGCAUAAUCCUUUUCAUCCUUUCUUGUAUCUCAUGAAUGAGUGUGCAAUAGGCUUUUCAGGGAUCUUAUUUUCUAUGAUCGUGAUUGAAACAAGUUUGAGUGGAGAACCUAGGAGGAGUGUCUUUGGACUCUUCCAUGUGCCUGCUCAAUGGUAUCCAUGGAUCUUGUUGAUACUGUUCCAGCUUCUUGCAUCAAAUGUCUCAUUGCUUGGACACCUAUGUGGCAUUUUGUCUGGAUUUGCAUAUACAUAUGGCAUAUUCAACUUCCUGAUACCUGGGGCAUCCUUUUAUUCUGCCAUUGAGGCCUCCUCUUGGCUUUCAUCUUGUGUGAGGCGGCCUAAAUUUAUUUUGUGCACUGGUGGGAAUUCCACGGGCUACAUCCCUACAUAUACAACCCAAAAUACGGCAUCUAGUGGAUUAUUUUCUGGAAAUACUUGGAGAAAUUUGUCCUCAUGGAUGCCUCAAAGGGAAUCGUCUGCUCAGUCAGCAGAAGACAGUCAUAGAUUUCCUGGAACGGGAAGGGCACUUGGAUCCAACCAAAGUCAAAUGGUUUCUGUGGAUAAUUCUGAUUCAAACCUACAGGCUAGACUCUUGGAUAAUGGUAAUCUAGAUCGUCCAUCAGACUUGGCAGCAACUGGUGCAAGACGACAGUCUGAUGGAAGGCGGCAAGCAGCAGAUAAUACAUCAGUUGGUGUCCCUCCAAGCCAUCAGGGUUCAGUAGCUACUGAUGUAGAAAUCCAAAAACUUGUAGCAAUGGGUUUUGAAAAGACACAGGUAGAAGUUGCACUAGCAGCUGCGGAUGGGGAUCUGAAUGUGGCUGUGGAAAUUCUUAUGAGCCAACAGGGAUAGGGAUAAAUUGCAAAAAUGAGUUACGUUGAUUUCUCAUUGACACCAACUAUGAGCUAAGUUCUGUUGGCCUAGUUGUCUGCUUCUAUCAUCUCUGUGGUUCGGAUUGUGCUCUGUAUAUUUUCUGAUAGCCAAAUUGAUAGGAUGAGGCAGCCGGAGGAAAUAUGUAAUCAGGAAAGGCUGUACUAACUUUUGCUAUUAAAAAGCAAUGUCAAAAAAAAAAAAAAAAAAAAAAAAAAAAA